CCAUAACCUAUCCCGGACGUAAGCCAGACAAACAGCCAUGGUGCUCUGGGGACUGCUAGUGGCCUUGCUCGUGGUCAUCAUGGGGUACCUGUGCCUGCCAGGGUUGUUCCGACAACGUAGACCCCAGGAGCCUCCUCUGGACAAGGGCACCAUACCCUGGCUGGGCCAUGCCAUGAUCUUCCGGAAGAACAUGUUUGAGUUCUUGAAGCAUAUGCGGUCCAAGCACGGGGAUGUGUUCACCGUGCAGCUGGGGGGCCAGUACUUCACGUUUGUCAUGGAUCCUCUCUCCUUUGGCCCCAUCCUCAAGGAUGGGAAAAGAAAACUUGACUUUGUGGAGUAUGCAAAGAGACUGGUGUUGAAGGUGUUUGGAUACCAGUCAAUAGAAGGGGACCACAAUAUGAUACACUCAGCCAGUAUCAAGUAUCUCAUGGGACACGGCUUGGAAGACCUCAACAAGGCCAUGCUGGACAGCCUGUCGCUGGUGAUGCUGGGGCCCGAAGGCCGGGACCCAGAUGCCAGCCAAUGGCGUGAGGAUGGUCUCUUUCACUUUUGUUAUGGCAUCAUGUUCAAGGCUGGCUACCUGAGCUUAUUUGGCCACACCAAGGACAAGAAGCAGGACUUGCUCCAGGCCGAAGAGAUAUUCGUGAAGUUCCGCAGGUUUGAUCUUCUGUUCCCCAGGUUUGUCUAUUCUUUACUGGGGCCCCGGGAGUGGCAAGAAGUAGGCCACCUCCAGCAGCUCUUUCACAAGCAGCUGUCUGCGAAACACACCCAGGAGAAGGAAGGCAUGAGCACCUGGAUAGGCCAGAUGCUGCAGUUUCUCAGGGAGCAUGGAGUGGCACCAGCUAUGCAGAGCAAGUUCAACUUCAUGAUGCUCUGGGCUUCCCAGGGAAACACAGGACCCGCCUCCUUCUGGGCCCUCCUGUUCCUCCUGAAACACCCGGAAGCCAUGCAAGCUGUAAAGGAGGAGGCCACCCGGGUCCUGGGCAAGAUGAGGCUGGAAGUCAAGCAGUCCUUCACCCUCCAGCUCAGUGCCUUGCAACACAUCCCAGUGCUGGACAGCGUGAUGGAGGAGACGCUGAGGCUGGGUGCUGCUCCCACGCUGUACCGGAUGGUGCAGGAAGACUAUGUCCUGACGAUGGCCAAUGGGCAGCAGUGCCUGUUCCGCCAGGGAGACAUCGUGACCCUCUUCCCCUACCUCUCAGUGCACAUGGACCCUGAGAUCCACCCAGAGCCCACCACCUUUAAGUACGAUCGCUUCCUCAACCCCAACGGCAGCCGCAAAGUGGACUUCUAUAAGGCAGGCCAGAAGAUCCACCACUACACCAUGCCCUGGGGCUCAGGUGUCUCCAUCUGCCCUGGGAGAUUCUUUGCUCUCAGUGAGAUGAAGCUCUUUGUCCUGCUCAUGGUCAAUUACUUUGACUUGGAGCUGGUGGAUCCUAACACACCCGUGCCACCUAUUGACCCUCGGCGCUGGGGCUUUGGAACCAUGCAGCCCAGCCAGGACGUGCAAAUCCGCUAUCGCCUGAAGCCCCUGGACUGA